AUGCUGAAUCAGUCACCAUCACAGGCAAAAACCGAAACCGCUAUUAGCCUAAUGUCGUGCAAGACACUGGAUAGUCGACGGCCAAAACAAAUGAAGUCCAAGCACAGCAUAAAUGCCUUUGGUGUGGUCGUAAUACGGAAGCCCUAUCAACUCCAGAAUCCUGAGGACUCAAGUCGCCUUGUACGAGAGUUCACCGAACGAUUGCACAGAAGUUCAAUGAGAGCCUCGAUCAGAAGCAAUCUCCCAAUUGCUUGGAAUAGAACACCGGGAAAGCCAAAUUUUCCUAAUUUGCCUUCUGCCGCUUCCUGGGGAGGGAAGAAAAAAGCAAACUCAAAUACUGUGGAUUCUACAACUAAUAAUGAUGUUUGGCCUAUGAUAUCGGAUUCAUCUUUAGGUCGCAAAAACGAACCUUCUCAAUGGCCCACUCCUGCUGAGUUGGCUGGAACAGGGCGUGGGGACUCGCUCAACGAUUUUAAUCUUGCCAAUUCUUGGACUCCUCCGAAUGCGUCCCUAGCGCUUCGUUCUUUGACUGAAUCAGAUGAUCGUAGUGAUCCAUGGCCAAACGUAGACGCAGUUCCUCAUUCGUCAUCGUCUCACCCAUCUAUUGAUCUACCUGCAUCCAGGACUAUCUCUACUUCUGGUGAUAGUGCAUUUACUUCCCAACGCCAGCGAAUUCAAAGCAUGACAAAACCGCGAAAUGAAAGCUUUUCCAGUUGGGGAUCUCCAACUGACGGGGAUUUUAGUGCAUUUGCAAAUCAAUCACUUCCAUCUACCUCUGAAAAUAAAUUAUCUAAUCAGCAAACAUCCGGGGAGGGUAUCUGCUCAAGUGUCUCUGACUCUGGUAACCACUCAGAAGGUCAGAAUGAGAAUCUUAUACAUGCUCUCAUCAACUCCAAAGAAUGCUGGGGACGACGACCUAUUGAUCAAACCACUCCAUGGGAUUUAUCCGCUCUAAACGAAGAGCUAGUUAGUGUUGCUAAUUCUGUUACUGCAGCCCCAGCUGUGAAUUCCAACUCAAAUCAGAGCCUGCUGGGGGAUGCCGUUUCCCUUUCAGCAGCUGCUAGACAACGUCGUGGAGUGAUGAAACCUGGGAACGUUCCAGUUGCAGUUCCAUCAGAAUCGAAUGUGUGGUCAAGUGAACCACCUAACGGGACAGGAAUAUGGGAGAUGCAUUAUGAGGGCGGUGGUCAAGGUGAGAGUAGGGCGACAAAUAGGUGGAAAACACCUGGUGCCACCUCCGUUGUUCCUUCUUUAAAUUCACCUCCCGGAAGUCAUCGAAUGGUUCCUCCAUCGAGUUCAUUUAUUAACCCCCCUGCUGUACCCCAACAGCAACCCACCCCAGCGGCAUCACGUGGUUUCCAAAACAGUGCUUUCUUCCCACCAAGUGGUCCCCAACCCCAACAGAGGCUAGGACAAUCUGCUACCGGAGGUCAACAGCCUCCACCUGGAACUGGUCGUGGUCCACCGAAUGGAAUGUUUGGGCCUGGUUCCAGCAGCGCAUUCAAAAGUCAGGGUAUUCCUCAGACUUCCUCUGGUUGGCCACCACUCUCUCUCACUCCUGAUAAUCAAAGUCCUAUGGAAGAUGCCAAACGAUUCCUUGUGCCCUCAGGUCCCUGGGGUUCGAACGAUCGUGUGUUGGGCAAGCCACAACCACAGACGGGUCAGCAAUUGCCGCCCAGUCUUGUUGGUGGUGAGAGCAUGCCCCGCUGGCCAUCAUCGUCAAUCGAUACUCUUUCUCAUGCUGGGAUCUCAGGCUGGGGUCAGCAGCAGCAAGAUUUCCGUUCCCACAAAUUCGUUCCAUGGUCACAGUCUCAAACAGUGGCAGCACCACCACAGCGCUUUCAUCUCCGACAACAAAAUACCUCCAACUCUUCAGGUGUCGUUCCCUCCUCAUCAGCUUCAAACCAACAGCAGCAACCCCCGUUGAGGCUCCUGGGUCCAUCCCAGCAGCAACAGCAGAACCAUCAUUUACAGCAACAGUCCAACUCUAUGAACACAUUUCUACGCACCGAAGUUGCUCGACAACUUAUGCUUCUCGGCUUCCACGACGAGGCGGGCGUCCUCAUCUCUGAUUCCAGUGGUUAUGAAGAUGUGGAGAAGUUCCUCUAUGACCUCCGUGAUAGUACAGGUGGCAUGAAUCCCGGUUUGAACCAGCUCAUCGGCAAUGUUAACGCCUAUCUCAUGUCUUCAGGCGUAAACGAUUUUCAAUCAUCAAUGGGUGGUGGUAUACCUCAACCACCACCGCCAGGGCCUCCCUUUGAUCUCUUUGAUAACCGCCUUGGUGGCGGCUCCGGUGGUUUCCACAUGGGAAAGCUCCAACCACCCCCACCUCCCUCUAAUUUCUCCAGUCGCCAAAAUCCUUCCGAGGUGCUUAGCCAACUAUUUAUACGAGAAAGUCAUCUACAGGCCACAAUCUUUCAGUUGGAUAAGAAAAAGAGGGAGUUAGGUAUGAAGCAUUCGCAGAUUCGGAAGAUGAACAUGGGUGGACCAACAUCACAUCACUCCUCCUCAAUGCUUCAGGAAAUUCUCAUGCAACAGGCUCAAAUCUCCCAGCAAAUCGAAGCUCAUGAAACCCAGUUGAAUCAAGUGCGUUUUCAAAUUACCUGCUUCUCUCGCGUCGCUUCUGGUGGUGGCGGAAACGGGGGAGGAAUUAACAAUGACUCCAAUGCUAAUGUAGCUAUGUUGAUGCGUCUUCGGGGUGGAGGACCUGGUGGACCAGGAGCACAAUUUCAACCCAACCGGAUAAUGGGAGGCGGUGGCAACAAUCCCUUGGCAGGUGCUGCUUAUAGUGGCGGCGGGCUAAUGAUGAAUGCAUCCUCUCCUUCAGCUGACUUGGCUCCAAGGCUAGCUGAUCUUAAACUCUCCAUGGGUAAGCAUUUGGUAAUGAGAAUAUGA